AUGCUCGGUCUGGUGCGGCACGUGAGGGCAAACAACAGAUUCUUGCAUUCUCAACACCACUAUCUGGGCUCUCUUCUACAAAUUAAGCUUGAUCGUCUGGUGUUAGACGCUUCUCAAUCGUGUCCAGCAGCUUUCGUUGACUGUCAGGAUUUGCACUUGGAGGUGGUCCUGUAG